ACAGGUGCACCUUAAUAUGGUUUGCUUUAAUAAGGAAGGAUAUGGUACUUCCCGAACAACUUUCCAGGAUGGCCCAGGACAAGGAUACAGAGCAAAAGAAGGACCCAAAAAGGCUUGGGAGUUCUUAGCAGAAAGCUGAUGAGCAGAAGCUGCAGAGAGGAGUGACAGAGGGGUUUGGUGGGUGCCUGGAAUCCAGCCAGACCUACUACAGAAGUCCAUCAUGGGAGGGAAGGAAUGGGCAGAUGUGUGCAGGAGGUUCUAGGUGUGUGAAUCAACCUAUCGUCGCUGAAUCAUCAGUUCAAUGUGGCUAAUUUGACAACCGUUGUAUGCCAGCCUGUGUCAAUACCAGAGCUGUAAUUCUGCGUAGAGCAGUGACUCUUGGAGGAGAGCAGCCAUCUGUUGGCCUGGAGGAUAGAGGAUGGAGUGGCCUCUUCUGACUAAAUAUGAACUUAGAUGCCAUGCAGGAGGUCUGACUUGAGAGGACAGAGCAGAUAGAUUACUUGGCUUGGCUUUCUUCACAUGGAGUAUUUUUUUUUUCAUUCCAUGGUCUAAUUGAUGCUGAAGGUAUUCUAGCAGACCAAGGUGCUCCUGAUCAACCAGAUCUUUCAGAAAUUUUUUGAAAAGAAACCUUGGGGGUGAAAGAUGUGCCAUGGAAUGGUAGCAUCAAAGAGCAACACAGGAUCAUCGUUUGCUUCGGCUGGCCAUGGGUUGUUUCGUCUGCUAGUUAUCUUUGGUUCCUUUAUCUUGGAAGCACAGUCCACAGGUUGGCUAAGCAAAUCCAAAGGACCUGCAUAUUGUCCCCAGCCACCACAACCUGAGAAUGGAGGCUAUAAAUGCCACCCUAGCCCCUGCAACAACCCUCUGACUUCAGGCAGUGUCAUAGAAUAUCUGUGUGUUGAAGGCUACAUGCUGAAAGGAGAUUAUAAGUACUUGACAUGCAAGAAUGGAGAGUGGAACCCAGCCAUGGAAGUCAGCUGCAGACUUAGCCCAGAGAAGGACUCUCCUCCCACAAUUGGAGUGCCCACACUGUCCAUAGUAGCCUCCACAGCGAGCUCUGUCGCCCUGAUUCUGCUGUUGGUUGUGCUGUUUGUGUUGCUGCAGCCAAAGCUGAAGUCGUUCCAUCACAGCAGGCGGGACCAAGGUGUGUCUGGAGAUCAGGUCUCUAUUAUGGUGGAUGGUGUCCAAGUGGCCUUGCCAUCCUAUGAAGAAGCAGUAUAUGGCAGCACAGGGAAUUGCAUUCCACCCUCAGACUCCCGAGUGCAGAUCGUGCUCUCAGAGGGAGCUGGACAGACUGGACCCAGAGAGAUGCAGCAGCAGGACCAAGGGGCUCACAAUACCUUUGAAAGAGAAGAUGAAGCCCCUGGACAUUCUGGACUGUGUGAAGCCAGUGGCUCUCAGCGCUCUGAAACUGUUCUUGUGCAUCAGGCUGCUACCUCUUCCUGGGUAGCUGGCAUGGCUAGCAGUAGACCUGUACACAAAGAGGUCCAAGAUUCAGAAAGCAGUGACAUACAGAGCCUUUUAUCACUCACUUCCUCUGAGGAAUACACAGAUGAUAUUCCCUUAUUGAAGGAAGCAUGAGGUCUGCUGUGUUUGUCUAGUUUUCUCCAUUUUGGAUUUCUUCCUCCUCUCCCUGCCUUUGGGACAGAAGCACUCUGUGCAGUCUUCCCCAUCCUCGCAAGCUGUACCCUGGAUACCUCCAAGAAGAGAUGCCCUCAGCUGAAGAUCCAAAGGAUGUCGCCAGGUUGCCUCCUGGAUGCACCAGUGGAGUUGGUGCAGCACUGGCUUCCCCAUUCCAUCAGCAUCAGGGGCUCAAGGAACAGAGUGGAUUUGAGCUCUCCUCUCCUCUUCCCCAGCCAGAUGUUUGACAGCAGUCUCUGAAGAGCUGCUCUUUUCUUGUGCCUUUCUCCUCCUCACACCGGCUUGUUGCAGCUUAUCAGCCUUUCUAGCCCUUUGCUGCCCAGAGAGCAGGGGCUAAACCUGCUUGCUCGCUGGGUGCAGACACACUUUAAAUAUACAUAUAUCUGUUAUAUAGGCUCUUCUUCCAGCAUCCUCUGUGUGAUAGGGCAGGACAGAAUGCCUAACUGGGACUGGCAUUGGCCUUGGGGGGGCUGCAGUUAAGGGGCAGCUUGUGAUGUCUAGAAGCACCUGAGAUGAGAUGGGCUGUGUGACAGCUUAGCUCUGCGGGAACAGUUCACUGAGAAUUGCUUAAAAACUGAAGGCUGAGAAGUCCAACAUGUAGGAAUGCCCUCUGUCCCAUCUCUGCAGGAGUCCAUUCCUGAAAAUGACUUUUGUCUCCUCCUUCUUCCUCUACCAGUGCAGCCCAGUGGAAGAGGUUCAGUGUUUGAAAAUACCAUGACAAAAAAUGCCUGUAGGUAGUGAAUUCCUAGUGCCAUUGGUGCAAUCCCAAAUUCCUUUUCCAGCCACAGUAGGUACUUGAAUCCUGGGUAGCUGCCAUCUCGUAGGCUGGUGUGUCUUCCUUGCUUCAUAGAGCAAAGGGUCUUCUGUUUUAACCUGCUGGGCUCCAGUGGGCCCAUAGAGAAGGGCUCCUCCCUUGUGGCUGGGAGUAAGCAGCUUUUGUAAUGCUUUUCCUAGACACAGUGCCAGCCUGUUGCUCUGAGGGAAAGUUGAGUGCACUGACAGCAGUGCUAGAGGACACCAUAGCUUAAUGCUGAAGUUUUGAGGAUUGUUUCAAGUUCUGGUAGUAGGGAAGAGAAAAUUCAGAGAUACGUGUACCUCUGCCCGCCACAGUUAUCUACAGCAGGUCAGAUUGUCUGUGUUGGGACUCUAUAACUGCAGGAAACCACGUUUGUCUGGGGUAAAUGGUCCAAGUUCCAUGGGAUUGGUUUCACAAGAAGAGUUGGCUUCUUAGAUGCAUGUACCUUGUCAUAACUGUCUUGAAGUAACCAGGGAAGUGUUUGCCCUUAUGAGAAGCUGCUAUAUUUUUUGAGUUGAAGGAGCAAAAUGUCAUGGCCUUACACAUGAUGUGGUAAUGUACAGGUAAACAGGGAUGCUGUCUUUGCUGCUUUGCUUUUGGUUUGCAAUCCUCACCGUCCUCAUCCUUGUUGCUACAGUUAAAAAACCAUUACAGCACUUGACAAUAAUGAUAAAACAUCUUUACGUAGAAAAUCACUGUGGCUUAGCUCCAGUUCUUUGAAAUGGGGAUUGGCCAUAGUGUCCAGCUGUGUAUUUGCUAUUCCUUUUCCUGAAUAGCUGUUAAAUCCCAGGACAUGUGGAACAGUGUGUGCCUGUAGAUGGAAGAAUCCUCUUUUCCCUAUCCUUGUUAUUGAGAGAUGUUAAUUUAAAAUGAAAGUGUUUUAAACAUCCUUCCCUGUUGCUCAUGUUACCCUGCAUUAACACGGGAAUUUGAUAAAUCCCAUUUGGGUGAUUUAGGUAUUUUUUUUAAAGUUUGGAUAGUGAAAAUUUUGUGUCAUUUUACAGUGGGCUGUGGUAUCUCAGCUUCAAGAGCUGUAGAGGACAAAUGUUGUUUACACAUUUGCCAUUGGAAUUUUUAAAAAUAAGCAUGGGGACAAUUGUGUUUAGCUUUUUGAGUGUUGGAAAUGGUCUGAGCUUGAGUAAAUUCUCCUUCAUUGGUUUAUUGGAGGAGCUGAGCAGGUGUAGUGGUAAGGGAGUGGGGAGGAAAGUCUGUGUGACUUUCCUACUGCCUAAACAGCUCAGAGCAGGAGUUGCUUUUUAUGCAUUUAAGGUCCUGUCUGCUCCAACUGACCCUCUGCAAUUCAAGGUAUAGAAGUUGGGAACGUGUUGCCUUCCUGAAAGGGGUAGUGCUACUUCCAGGUUGGUGGGAGAAGCUGGAAGCUGAUCCCAAGGCCUUGUGCUGGAUGACCACCUACACCACCAGCAGAAAACACAUCCUUUGUGGCCUGGCCUCCUCUCUGCUGUUGUAAAACAA